UAGGCUGAUUUCUCGUAGAUUCUCCUAACCUUCUAUACCUAAAAGAAAAUUUGUAUCAGACAAUCUCCAACAGUAGUUAAUCAGCAUCUAUUCAGCUAAAACUAUGAAGCUGCAAGUUUGAAGCUAUAUUUAUCGUAUAACAUUAUAGCCUGCAAGAACAACGUCUUAGCAAUGGGUUCUAAAGUAGCAUGCUUGCAUUUGCUGCUGCUACUUCUCGUCUCAGGCACUGCACUCUCUCAACAGAUUGUCAAGACUCUUCCUGGCUUCCCCGGCGAAUUGCCAUUUAAACUUGAAACUGGAUACAUAAGCGUUGGCAAUGUGGAAUUCUUCUACUAUUUCGCGGUGUCGGAAGGGAACCCCGGAGCUGACCCUCUUCUACUCUACAUAAAUGGUGGCCCUGGUUGCUCUGGUUUGAACGGGUUUUUCUAUCAGAUUGGCCCGCUAAGAUUCAAUACCACCGAUUAUACCGGGGGCUUACCAACAUUGCUGUACGAAUCAAGCACAUGGACAAAGACGGCAAGCAUAAUAUUUUUAGAUGCGCCUGUUGGUGCUGGCUUUUCAUAUGCAACAACUACAGAGGCUUGGAACACAACGGACACAAAGAUGGCGAAACAAGCAGAUCAGUUCCUAAGAAAUUGGUUGGGCGAACACCCGGAUUUCAUGUCCAAUCCAGUCUAUCUUGGUAGCGAUUCAUAUGCAGGAAUUUAUACUCCAAUUCUUGCUCAAGAUAUUAUAAAUGGCAAUGAAGCAGGAGUUGAGCCUCGUGUGAAUCUCAAAGGAUUCUCGAUCGGAUGCCCACAUACACAUACGGAUCUUGAAACGAAUACAAAGAUAGCCUUUGCACACAGGCUGGCUUUAAUAUCGGAUUCAAUGUAUGAGUCUGCCAGAACAAGUUGCAAUGAGAAUUACGCCGAUCCAGUAGGUGCAGCCUGCACUGAAGCACUUUCAGCAAUAAGCCAGUGCAUAGAGUUAAUAAGUCCGCAAAACAUAUUGGAACCAACUUGUGCUUUCUUAUCACCGAAAGCAGAAGAAGAUAAUGCUCAAAGAUCUCUCACAGAAAACUACAUUCUUCCAUCGCCUAAAAAAUCUGGUGACUUUUGGUGCAAAAAUUUUGAUUAUUUGAUGUCUGAUAUAUGGACAAAUUAUAAAAGUGUCCAAGAUGCUCUCCAUGUUCGCCCAGGAACAGUCAAAGAAUUCUUUAGGUGCAACAUUACCAUGGAGUAUACAGUUGACACCAAUGACGUUGUCCCCUAUCACAAAAACCUUACCGAUACAGGCUUGCAAGUGCUGGUUUUCAGUGGCGAUCACGACAUGGUUAUUCCACAUAUCGGCAUCGAGCAAUGGAUAAAUUCUCUAGACCUGACAAUUGAUACUGAUUGGCGACCCUGGUUUGUCGGUGGUCAAGUUGCAGGGUACACGAGGAAAUAUACAAACGAUGGAUACCGCUUGACAUAUGCAACUCUAAAGGGAUCUGGACACUCGCCACCAGAGUACAAACGCAAGGAAUGCUAUGAAAUGUUCCAUAGAUGGAUCCAUUACUAUCCUAUCUAGUUUCUGCUUUCCUUUUCACUUGUCAAUGUUGGACAAGAGUUUAUUGUAAUCCUUGUUUAGUAUUAAAGUAGUCCUCCAUGCUCUCUUGUUUUUCAAUAUCUAAAGACCAGAAAAAGAACCAUAAUGAAAGAGAACGUGAAUGUUCUAGUAUUUUUCACUUGUU